CGAAAUUCGCUUCAACCAACGUUUACCCUCGCAAAUUCACACCGAAAAAACUAGGGUUUAGGUUUCAACUAUAGGGGCAUUUGAAUUUUGAGCUUUGGCUCAAAGCUCCGUUCGACCCAAUACCCAACAAGCAACAUAAACCCUAGGCAAUCGUAAAGGGAAGCACUUGAAGGGAAAAAAAAAAUCAUGAAAUGAUGAUAGGAGCUCUAGCUUCAAUGACAUUUUGCAAAUCGAAACAGCUGAAGAAUCUCAUCUUCACCCCGUUUCUAUAUCGCCAAUUUCUUCACAAGCCCAGCUCUUCACCAUUAGAGGAUUUUUCUGCUAAUCUCAUAGUGUAGUAGUUUUUCUGAUGUUAUAUACAAGGUUCUGCAUCAUGAAGAAGCUGUUAUAUCAUCACAUGGAGCCAAAAGAUGCUUCCAUGGGGGUGGAAGUAUGGUGUGGUAUCAUUCAGCUCCUAUUGACACAGUUCUCAAAGUUAUUGAGCCAUCGCUGAGCCAUGGAACCGAGACUGUAGCUAAUGGUUCAGCUGAAACUAAACCAAAGAGGAAAAAGUUAAAGGGGAAAAGAGCAGUUGUAAGAUGGCUCAAGUUCUUCAGAUUCAAGAAGAAGAAAGAUUAUGAAAGAAUGACAUCAGAAGAAAAAAUUCUCUUCAAACUGAGAAAGGCUCGAAAAAAGGAGGAACGAUUGGUUGAAGCUUUGAAGAAGAUCGAACCAAAAGAAUCAUCAGAAACAACCCACGAUCCAGAAAUCCUGACACCCGAAGAACACUUUUACUUCUUGAAAAUGGGCAUAAAAAGCAAGAAUUACGUGCCAGUUGGAAGAAGGGGGGUAUAUCAAGGUGUGAUUCUCAACAUGCAUUUGCAUUGGAAAAAACACGAGACUCUGCAAGUGAUUGUGAAGACAUUUACACGGGAGGAGGUGAAGGAGAUAGCAGUAGAGCUUGCAAGAUUAACCGGAGGAAUUGUGCUUAAAAUUCUGGAAGAUGAUGAAACCAUUAUUAUGUAUAGAGGAAAGAAUUAUUCACAGCCACCUACAGAGAUAAUGUCCCCUAGGGUUACCCUCCCUAGGAAAAAGGCAUUAGACAAAUCAAAAUAUAGAGAGGCCCUUCGUUCAGUUAGAAGAUACAUUCCAAGACUUGAACAGGAUCUUGAGCUUCUUCGUGCAAAGGCUGAAAACGAACCUGAAAUCGAUCUAAAUACACAAUUUGAUGAACCUCAACAACAUUCAAACCUUCAACAUGUAGCUAAACAAAAGCUUAAAGAACUCGUUGCUAAAAAUGAUAAUAAGUUCAAUGAAGAAGAUGAUGAUGAUGAUGAUGAUUGUGUUAAUGGUUCGGAACUUGUUUCGGAUUCAGAAGAUUUGUCGGAUAUUUUUGAGACAGAUUGUGAAACGGAUGAAGAGAUUAUAAAGAAUGAGGAUGAAAAACCGCUUUAUUUGGAUGAAUUUGACAAGUUUCAGGUUCAAAAUAAGGUGGAUGAAGAAGAUUUUGAGGAACAUUUAAGGAGGAUAUCUGCAGGUUCAAAGAAGGAAAAGAAUGUGGGGCCCGAUUUUGAUUUUGAUGAGGUUGAUCGAGUGGUUCUACGAGCUGCUUCACUUCUGAAGAAACGAAGAAGAUGAUGGGUUUGGAUUAUUAUGGGAUUUUCUGUUUUAGUUGAUUAGUCAGAUGGCCUUUGUUUCAAUUGUUAACGUUGCUAUUUCGCCAUGAAGUAUUUCCAUUUUGGUGUUUUAACUCCCUAAUCGUUUAAUUGUAUAUCAUAUAGAUUGUUAAACAUAUAAAAUGAUGUAGUAUAAUUUUUCCAUGAAAUUGCAACAAGUCCAUGAAUGGUUUCUUGAUCUAA